CUUGGCGAGUGACACGCAGCCCAGGCCACAGGUGAGCGGGCAUCGAAUUCGGCCUGGCCGGGAUCGUCGCCGAGCGCGCGCACGGCUCCACUGCCGCUCCCGGCCCGCGACGCAGCCCCCGCCGGCUUCGUCUGACCCCGCCGGCUUCGUCUGACCCCGCCGGCUUCGUCUGACCCCGCCGGCUUCGUCUGACCCCGCCGGCUUCGUCUGACCCCGCCGGCUUCGUCUGACCCCACCGGCUUCGUCUGACCCCGCCGAUUCGUCCCCUGCCAGCAAGCGGAUGAAGCGAGGCGAGAAAACAGCCACUGCCCCGGGGGGGCUUCCGUGCGCUGCUGCUGCUGAUAAAAUAACGCUGAGAAAAAUAUGAACUUUACCCUCAAAAGGUUGGUAACCUCGAUACUUGCUCUGCUCCUGUUUGCCUCUUUGCUUCACCAUGGCUUCGAGUCGCUCAACAAACGCACGCAGGGGCCUCUGAAAGUUACCAAAUGCUGCGGCCACACGUGUCUGCUGCGCACGGAACCCUUCACUCCAGCACUGCACGCAAACAUUCUGAUCGUGUCAGCCUUCUGGGACAACAGGCAGUGGCCAAACGUCGUCCGUAUUUUGGCCAUCGUAAACCGCGAGAGGCGUUACGCCCUCAGAUGCAAGUUUUGUUCCAGCAACAGCUUCAUCCAUUAUGGAACUCUCGCCAAGGUGUACGUGCACAAUGACCAUUUCAACUUCCCUUGGGCUCUAGCAGACAUCAUAUGUCUUCCUGUGUAUUACAAAGAACAUUACACUCCCGACUUUGUCGCCUUGCAGCACAAUAAAGCCACGUUUCCGCUCAUACCCAUUGAGAAUAUGGGGCGACUGUCCCAAGAGUUAAGCUUCACCCACGACUUUGGCGUCUGCAUCUCCACCCUGUUCGGAGGCUACAACAACGUGCUGCAGUUCACGCAGGCCAUGGAGAUGUACCGGCUGCUGGGAGCGGGACGCGUCACCAUCUACAACAGCAGCUGCGGCCCCGAGUUAGACCGGGUGCUGGCCCACUACACGGCCACUGGUCUGGUCGAGGUGAUCCCCUGGCCAAUAGAUCGGUACCUCACGCCGUCCACGGGGUGGACGUACCCAACUCACCCGGGCGACGUGCAUUACUACGGACAAAUAGCCGCUCUCAACGACUGCCUCUACCGACACAUGUACGACACGCGCUACCUGGUGAUGAACGACGUCGACGAGAUUAUAAUUCCCGUGGGUUGCGCUGACUGGCGUUGUCUUCUUAAAAGGCUCAACAGGCUGUACCAGGCUGAUAUUUACAUGGUUGACAGCCACGUCUUUCCGUACACAGCCACGGACGACUUUGGCAAGAUGUUCGAUAAGUGGCAGAAUAUUCCAGGGCACAAUAUUUUGACGCAGGUGCGACGUGAACCUAACAUCCCGGGCACCUUUAACCCAAGCAAAUUGAUUGUCAAUCCAAGAAAGGUCAUUUGGACUUCGGUGCACUCUACGGAGAGAGCCAUUGGUAAGACAGUGCGUGUGCCCGCUAGGUAUGCCAAGAUGCACCACUACCGUACACCCGAGCAGCCCACACUGCCCAAAAAAGAACUCAUCUUUGAUGCUAAAAUGUGGCAUUACUAUUCUGCCCUUAUUGACAAUGUGAACACCGUUUUGUAUGAAACGGGGUUUCUUACGUAGAGCGGGUCGAAUGGGAACAGCGUGUAUUGUGAGCGAGUAAAGAGCUGGGUUCUGAAGUUGGUGCAUGCGCGACUUCCACGGAUACAUUUGACAUAUUUUAUUUCAAAAUAGCUUUUUUUGUGUGAAAGGUUCAAAGUGGUAUGUUGUCGUCUCUAAGAUUCUGGUUUUCCUGCGACAUUAAGAUAUGCUGUGAAGCCAAGAGGUGUCGUGGUUAUGCAGUGAAACACGUAGGCGAAACCCUACGUGUUAAACAAACCUCUCAAAGCUCGACUGAUUGGGGCUUCCCGGCUAUGGAUGGGGUGCCUGGAAUACUGCACGAAACUAAAUAAUCCAUUGCAUUGACAGAUAACCCAACACAUUUAAUUCAAAUGUAGUAAUGUGAUAGCAAGUAACGAAGUAUUUAUAAUUGUAUCGGACUUGAAAAUAUCUCAUUUUUAUUCACCAUUAUUCAUGCAAAUUGCAGCUUGCAACACUGCACAAUCUGCAACACACGGAAGUGUAUACUUAUACUGGUAGGAACGAAGUUGUAAACUGAGUGUACCAGCCUGCAAUAGAUCAAUGUGUUCGGCCGUCCGUCCGUCCGUCCCCUUUCAAUACUUUAACGAAGUGAAAUCUCGUGCUGUUGGGGUGUAAAAAUAAAAUUGCGCAAAAUUCCAAUGUUCCUACCAGCCCACCCUGCAGGGACCUGUUAUUAAGAUGUUUUCAGCGAAUGAGAAUGUGUACACGUGGGAGGGAACGGGAAAACGUGUGUGAGGGGGCAACACUCUAUCCCAUACAGAUGGGACAGAUUACAUUAUUCCACACUGCUGUACCGCUAUCUCCUAGCAAGCCGGGGUAUGGCACCUCGAUGCCCAGUGCUGGAUUACUGGUGUGCAGAGCCAUCACUUCCCCAGCACAAAUCGUUGAACAAUAAAGCUUAAUCCGAGCCACUUAUCCUCUGCUUCACGGUGGUGGUUAAAGGCUGAGGUUCACCUCGUGUGGAAGGCUCCAUUUAUUUUAUUAAUUUGCUUAUUUAAAAACUGAGAAUACACCGAGAGCACACGGACCUGUCCAAGUGCACGGGUUCACCAAAUUCCAUGCAACAGAUAAGCACUUGAUGUAUAUAUAGCUUUAAACUUGUUGGUACACAUAAUUGUGUCAAUUGUAUUCACUGUAUUACACUGCUCAGGCCUGCAAUUGGUAGCCAAUCAGCCUAUGAGCUAGUAGCAGCCCAUGGCACUGCUAUAGUCACCCAGUAGCAGCCCAUGGCAUUGUUAUAGUCACCAAGUAGCAGCCCAUGGCAUUGUUAUAGUCGCCCAGUAACAGCCCAUGACACUGCUAUUGUCACCAGUUGUCAUACUAUCUGCUAGAUCCGGCACCUGUUCAGUUAACACCCAGUCACCAAGGCCUAUUCUUGCAGUGGGCCACCAUCUGCCUUUCUAACCCAGAGAAUACAUUUUCAGAAAUACGUGUUUCUCAAGCCAAGUUUAUUUUCACAAAGUGAUUAAACAGUUGCUCAGUCUUAACACCAAAAAAAUGGGUUUAACAUAAGAAAUUAUGAUUACCAGCUGAGUCCACUCUCACUAAUGAAUUUGUCCAAAAGUAAAUCUUACUAUGAGUAGCUGACUCAAGAUGUUGUCGUUUUUUCAACAAAGAUAUUUCAAAACCUAGUAAAAAUGCUGUUCAUUACAUGUGCUUUCCAAAAUAAAGUCUGUUGAUAGUUA